GCCAAUAGAGCCAGUGACCAGCUGGCAGGAUGGGGACUGCAGCCGUGUCUCCUGCACCCAGAGUGUCCGGCUGCGUUUCGGGGCGCACCACUGCAGGCUGAAGCCACCAAAAAGAGACUGAAAUCCUAGAGAGGGACAGCUUGCAAAAAGCAGAGAGCUCUCCACUACUGUAGAUGGGGCUCUGGAUAUGCUGCCUUUGCUCCAGAGCUGCAGAUCCAUUGAUGCUGCUCCUGGUUUUGGCUCUGGGCUGUAACCCCUCCACAGCAGCAGCAGCAGCAGCUUCUCCGUCUGUGCCCCACGUCAAACCCAGCUACAGCUUUGGCCGGACUUUCCUGGGACUUGAUAAAUGCAACGCCUGCAUUGGGACAUCCAUAUGCAAGAAGUUCUUUAAAGAGGAGAUAAGGUUUGACACCUGGCUUUCUUCUCAUUUAAAGCUGCCCCCCAGCUCCCUGCUCAGCUACUCGGGCAACUACACGGACGAUGCCAAGAGCUGGCGGCUGGUGGACAUCACCCGCCUGACCUCCAAGUACCAGCACGACCGGGCGGACAAGCGCAUCUGCACCUCCCUGCUCGGGACCAGGAGCUGCAGCCUGGAGCGUGCCCUGCGCCGCACACAGCGCUUCCAGAAGUGGCUGAGGGCCAAGCGCCUCACGCCCGACCUGGUGCAGGGCCUGUCCAGCCCCUUGCUGCGCUGCCCGUCCCAGCGGCUCCUGGACAGGAUCGUGCGGCGCUACGCCGAGGUGCCCGACGCCGGCAGCAUCUACAUGGAUCACCUCACAGACAGGGACAAGCUGCGCCUGCUCUACACCCUGGCAGUCAACUCACACCCCAUCCUCUUACAGAUCUUCCCUGACGUGGAGGGCUGGCCCUUCCCGCGGUACCUGGGCUCCUGCGGGCGCCUGCUGGUCAGCGCCAGCACCCGGCCCCUGCGCGACUUCUUCGGCGCGGCGCCCGAGGUGGCCGCGGACCUGGCGCUGCAGCUCCUGGCCGUGCUGCGCUCCAUGGCCAGCAACGACCUCAACUACUUCUUCUACUUCACCCACGUGGACGCUGGCACCUUCGGCGUUUUCAGCAACGGGCAUCUGUUCAUCCGCGAUGCCAGCACGCUGGGCAUCAUCGACAAGGAGGAAGGGAGCCAGCUGAUCGAUGGCCAACAGGAGUACAGAGACAUCUUCAGCUGCCUGACCGCGGACUGCCAGCCUGCCUUAGUGUCCUGUGACUCCAUCAGGGACCAGCACAGCCUCGUCAUGGUGUGCCAGGACCUCCUUCCCAAGCUGCUGUCAGGGAAGUUCCAGCCCCAUGUGCAGGAGAGCAUCAACGCCUUCCUGCAGCGCUGCGCCCGCGGCCUCGGCGACGACGACGGCGGUGCCAGAGAGGCCAUGGCGGAGCUGGCAGGGAUCCUGAAACCUCUGCGCUCCUGCGACUCCCGCUUCGCCUACCGCUACCCCGACUGCAGAUACAGUGACAAAUACUGACACUGGGGCUGGGCCUGCCAGGGACUGGGGCAGCGUCAGCCUCCUCCCAGAGUGGGAAGGAGAAAACAAAAAAAAUUUGGGAAAUUUAGUGACUACAAGACAAUGGACAGGGAUGACAUCAGGUGCAGUGCAAAGAACCAAAAAGAGGCCAAAACUAACUACACAGAUGUUGCAAAAGCAGGGGGAAAAAUCAGGGAGGAAGACACAACUUGGAGGGGAAGAUACGAAGGACGUGGCAUGGAUACUUAAAAAAAAAAAAAGAAGAAAAAUUGUAGGUGAUAUGAAAGCCAUCAAAAGGCAUGGCAUGCUAUAAAGUGCAGGGACAUGCACCAAAGCUUGCCCAAUUGAUCUCCAUUGAAAUCACAAGAUUUCGUUUCCCAUCCCGAAAGGAAAUUUUCCAGGGUGGCUGGAAAGAGCUGCCCCAAAUCUGGGGUGUUCUUGGUGUAAGAGGGAGCAGAGUGCACAUGGGAUUUAUUAUUCAUCUGCUAGAGAUGCAUUUGUUACAUGGGAUAUAGACGUGAUGUAUGGUUUAGACAUGGUUUAUGGAUUAUUAAUGUUGUCAUGACUGACAAGGGGCCACAGGAUUAAUAAAUCUCGUUCACGUGUUUUGGCCUUGGAAGAA